UGCUUUACCAGGCAGCCUUCAUCAACCUCCACCUCACAUUGAACGAUUGGCAUACAAUGAUACCUCCUACGGAGGCGCCAUAGCAGCUUUCUACAAGUCAAAGUCAAGUGGCCAGAUUUACGGGCUCGGUUUUCACGCUCUAAUGGAAAUAUUCGAUUACCCACAUUCCGCUCUUAAUACCUCGUUUGACAAUUUCAAAACGGAUGUUGGCUCGGCUCUGGACUGGGGAGGCUAUCUAGGUUCCACCAAUCUGAGCGCAUUCACCGAGAAUCUCGCGGCCACUUUGACGACCCAAAUUAGGAACGCCCCAUCCGCAGGCGGCGACAACGCUAACGCGACAACUUUUCGAGGAACGGCACAGGCGUCCACUACUUACGUCGAGGUCCGAUGGCAGUGGCUCAUCCUCCCCGUUGCCGAGACUCUGCUGACGGCCGUGCUCUUCGUCAUCUCCGUCGCAAUGACCAGACACCUGCCAUUACUGAAGACCUCUGUGAUCGCCCUGCUGUCGCACGGCCUGGAUGGCUGCUGGGAAGACGAACUAGAGACUACAAGCCCCGAGACGGCGGAGAAGCUUGAGGAUUUGGCGAAGGGGUUGUCGGCGUCCUUUCAGCCAAACAGCCAGGGUCAGCUAAGAUUUGUUAGGUCAUGAGGACUUCUGUAGAAUUAAGCUCUGAGCGUGGGACCAUCCUAAUUGACAGAGAAAUUUUGUCGUGGCGCUCUAGCCUGCGAAAACGACCAUGUGCUGUGCUUUUGUACUUAAGGAAUAAUCCCUCGCUGAAUCUGGAAUGGCCAGCAUCUUUCCCGAUAUUCUACUGGUGUCGUAUGAUCCAACACCCAGGACGUGGUAACGAUGAAGGAAUCCGCCCCAUGGAUAGCUGUUAAUGGUUCUAGUAGCUGGCGCUCCGACCAAU